AAAUCUGUUUUAUUAGGAGAAUGUUGUCAAUUAAAAUAUGAUGAAAGCUUUUUCACAAAAAUUUCCCUUUGGACGAAAAAUAUAUUUGAAAUUAUUACAAAAUCCUUCCUUCUCUAACUAAUUAAUCAGUACGAGCUCACUAGUAAAUUAAAGAGUAUAUCCGACACACAACUUUUUCUUCUGUGACCCAUGAAAUCUUUUCCGUCUCUACUAAGGAGUAAUGCCAUAACGCAAAACCCUUCCUUCGUUAGCUCUCCUAUUGUAGUCUGGAAUGACUACAUUGUGGCUAGCAAUAAUGGUGAGACACAAGCUGCAUCCACUUUAGUCUCUCAGCUUCCUCUCGUGCCUUAUGUUCAUUCUAUUAGCUUGUCUUCUCUCCGUUUAGUUUCAUCGCUUUUACUUUCUCAAAAACUAGUUCUGGAAGCGUUCUUCUUUGUUCUGUUUAUUCUCAGCGUUUUGUCUUCAACUUGGUACAUUGGCCAUGCACAAGGCCAACAAUUUAUUAAUGUUGUUGACGACUUUGGUGCCGUCGGUGAUGGAAAAACUGAUGAUUCUCAGGCAUUUUUACGUGCAUGGAAUAAGUUAUGUAGUGAGACUAGUGGAAACUCCAUGCCGACCAUGGUAGUACCAGCGAAAAAGACUUUCUUGGUUAAGCAAGUUGAAUUUGCUGGUCCAUGCAAAUCUUCAAGCGUUCAAAUUCAGGUAGCCAACACCCAAUGGACGGAUUGUAAAUCUGAGUGCUGGUUUUGUUUUAGCAAUGUUGAAAGCCUUAAUUUAACUGGCACUGGUACCUUUGAAGGAAACGGUCCAGCAUGGUGGAAGAUUCCUGGAGUAACGAUUAACAAUUGUGCAAAACCUGCUGUCUUGCGAUUUACUGGCUGUAACAAUCUUCAAGUAACUGGACUUACAAGUCAUAACAGCCCGUUAAACCACAUUGCUAUAUCUAGUUGUAAGGGGGUAUCGUUAUCUAACAUAAAUUUGAUUGCGCCAGCAGAUAGUCCAAAUACAGAUGGAAUUGACCUCUCUAACUCCAAUCAAGUAACAAUUUCUGACUCUUUCAUUGGAACAGGAGAUGACUGCGUUGCAAUCAAUGGUGGAAAUUCUCACGUUAACAUCACGCGGCUUAUUUGUGGACCUGGCCACGGCAUUAGCGUGGGAAGUCUGGGAAAAGAUGGAAGCAUGGAUACUGUAGAAGAGGUACACAUUCGUAAUUGUACCUUUAAUGGUACUCAAAACGGAGCCAGAAUUAAAACCUGGGCGGGUGGACAAGGUUUUGCAAGAUUUAUUUCGUAUGAGGAUAUUAUUCUUAUAGGAUCUCAGCAUCCCAUUCUCAUCGAUCAGCAUUAUUGUCCCCAUCAAAAUUGCCCACCAGAGAAGGGAACUGCAGUCUCUGUAAGUGAUAUCACUUUCAAUGGAUUUCGAGGAACAUCUGCUGACAUUAUAGCAAUUACGUUGAAUUGUAGCAGUGUGGUUCCUUGCAAAAAUAUUAUAAUGAAUGAAGUGAACAUUACGCCUUCAAUUCCAACAAGCAAGGUUGUGGCAAUAUGCAACAACGCCCGAGGAACGGCCACUUCAACCACUCCUGCGGUUCCCUGCCUAGGAAGCCAAGGCAUUAGGACGGUCGUUGAAGAUAAACAAACCGAUGGAGAUAGAAUUAUUAGGUCUGUUACUGAAGGCGAGCUCAAAAACGAGCUUUAGUUGUUGACAACUUGAUUAGUAUGCUAAUUUUAUUUAGGAUGUUGUUGAUUAUGCAAAUAUUGAUGUUUUUAAGUUUAUUAAUAAUAACUACUUUUGAUU